AAUUUUUACCUAUCCGUAUCUUAUCUUACCUCACCACGCCUAUUCAUUUUUCUCGGCAUUGCAUGAUCGCGAGUGAGAGAGAAAGAGAAAAAGAGAAUGUUACGUGCACGCUCCCGUACGUGUUAAUAUUCGGUCGAGGUACCGCGAUCUCAUCACAAACGAGCCGAUUUAGGCUCGCGGGUCGUUACCGGAAGCGCUUACGACGCGAUGUAUCGACGACGACCUAUCGAUACACGUGAGCGAGAGUCAGAACGGAAAAGGAGGAAGAAAAGCGAGCGAAAGAGAGGAGAAGAGAGCGUCAUUAAUUAAGGAUGCACGUGGCGAUCCGGGGCGUGGAGGAACACGUCAACGACGAAAUGUCGACAGACAAUGACCGGCACGUAUCGAACGAACAAUGGAUGCAACGGCGCGUAGGGGAACCGGAAGCGCCGUAUAGGAACCGAACACUCGGGGAUCCGCGCGCACCAAUCUGGCGUUCUCUUCCAUUGUUGGGAUACUCGUUGUCGCGGAUAGUCGGUCAUCCUCGGGUGUAAAUCGGUGGAAAAUGGUGCAAAAUGCUAGCGCGAAUCUUUCUCGAGUGGUCCCCGAAAGGUGCGAGAACUGUCAGCCCUUCAGUUCUCUAUUCAAUCAAUACAGCAGUUGAUUGGAUUCUCUACGGUACGAUAUAAUCAAGAAAAGAAGUUUCCACUUUACGAUGCUUAGGACUGAUUCUCUACAAAGUUAGAGGUAGAGUGACCUAUUAUAACUGCUCGACAAUUAAUAUUACAUUAUUCGACAUCGAUGAGAUCGACAAAGUUCCUGCUCGAUUAUAAUUGAAAUUAAUUUUCUGCCAAGUUAAAAAUCCGCUUUAUUGUCUGUUAUAAGGACGGUAGCGUAAAAGAAGAGACAAACUUGAUUUAACGUCACUGGAACAACUAAGACCGAUGAAAUUUUUACUCAACGUGGGAAAUUAAUUUUCUACAAAGUUACAAGUUUACGUUAUUGUUUAUUUAAGAAUGAUAAAGAACAUUUUGGGAUAAAAGAAAUCAAUUAUAAAUAAAUCCUCGAAAUGUGUCACUUCGAAAAAAAUAACAUAAGACGUACAAAUAUAAAUUUAAUGUCCAUAAUUAUAUAAAAAUUGAAGAAUAGAGAAGAGAAUAAAGAACAAAAAAUGAGUCGGCCAUCGCCGGAAAUAACGCUAACAAAAUAAAGUAAAAUAUAGAAAGUCUGCUAAUAUAGAAAAUUCGGACAUUUUUAAUCGUAUGGGAAACAAAGUUGGAGAAACUGCGUUAAACGAUAAACAGAAUAGUUUGUUGAUUUUACUUUUACUCGAUGACAAUAGCGCGAAACGUUCGCGUUGGUGUUCAUUGUGAGACCGGAUUGAAGCUGAACAACCGAUGAAACAUUUCUUUCUGAGGAUUCUCUGCGGGAGAAAGCGAGAGAAACGGAAAGAUUCAAAGUCGAAAGAAAAAAAGCAAGUAGACGAGGGUCACUGCGCCUGUUGCUUGGCACCAUUCCUAAUCAGUCGUGGUGUGCGCUGCAACGAUUGCGGCGCUAGGGCCUGCAGAAAAUCCUGUUCCCGUUGGGACACAUCGGAUAAUGCUUGGAAUUGCAUAUUUUGCCAUCAACGAAGAGCGUGGAUGAGAAAAAAUGAAAAAUGGUUCGAAAAUUUCGGUAGCACGACAAAUGAAAAGGAGGAAUCGCAGAGCUUCUUCGGCACUGCUAAAUCGCAAGUCUACAUUGCAGGACAUGCAGUUGCAACGAACAUGGAGCAGAUUCAAGAGGAUCAGGAAGAAAAGCAUGUAAUUCGAAAUUUUGUUGAGAAGAUAGUCGAGGAUCUCGUUGAGAAUGUGAAUGACACGUCGAUCGAUCGACUCUAUAAAAAUUCCGAAUACGACAAAUUUUUGGAGGAGCAUCGUCCACCAUUGAUUGCUGCUUUGACUCAAUUGGCUACAUGUCUGGAAACAUCUCUUACAAAUAAUCCAUCUAUGGAUCCGCCAGCUACGGCGCAUGCAGCUCUUAAAGAGAUCGUCGAGAAAGCUGUCGAGGAAGCUCGGAAGUUACCGGGAUUGGGUUCAUCUACGAAUACCGAACAUCCUCGAGAAGAUCGUUCAAUCGCUGAUCACAGUUACGAGGAUCUUCUCGCCACCGCAAUACUCAAUAAGGUCGUCGAAAAAUUCCAAAGAGAACGAGUGGACGGCAACAGCAAUGUGCUACAUGACACAGAUUUGCCUAAGGCAAAAUAUACUACGACUGAGAGCGAACAUGGCCUUGAGGAAAAUGCAGUGAGCUGCGAGUCUUAUCAUCGCGAAUGCAACGGUAAUCGUAGCACUUCGAUCAGACGAAAUGGAGAACCGGUGUCUUUUAUGAUGGAAGAACAGAUAGAAGAGGUAACUACGAUCACGUCGGAUGAUGAUGAAUUUCGAGGCAACGACAUCGUGGAAUUCGAAUGCACCCGGCGCGUUCCAUUCCCGGAACUCGGAAUGGAUAUCAUUGAUCCUCCGCGAGAGUUGUCGCCAUCGCCAUUAUCAUCAUCAGAUUCUUCAGAUUUAGAUUGCAAUGAAUAUUCGCCGGCCAGAACAAAACGUCAUGUCGCUGAUCGCGCGAUGGACCUAAUUUCGCCUGUCGAAUCCUGGGAGGAUAAUUGGCUAUUCCAAAAGAAAAAAACUUCUCGAACACAACCGGAUGCGGUAUCCAUGUUGGUACCGAGUUCUAAUGCGUAUUAUAAAGCUCUGAUCGGCGACAGGGAUGCUGAGGACACGUCAGAUUUAUCCGAGUGUUCCUCCACGAAAUCCGAUGAGGAGAUCGAGAAGGAACUGAUGGAAGCUAUUAACAACGUGGUCCCGAGGACUCCUAGGACGUCCGAAUGCGAUGCGAAAAAUAAUUCAGAAGUGCCAAAUGUCGCGACGCAAUUUGGAAAUGACGAAAUCGGCGUCUGUCAGGCGAAAACCAAAAUUGAAAAUUUGUCUAAAAAUGUUUGCGAGCGUUUCGAUGAGAAAAUUAAUGAAAAAUUAUUGAGAUCUUCGGAAAUCUCGGAAAAGAAAAUAAUCAAGGAUGAAAGUGAUAAAGAGAAACUAAGUGAAAGUUCCUUUACGUUGAUAACGGUAGCAAAAGGAGAAGAUAAAGCCAAAGAGAAACCUAAGGAUACAACCGAUUGCGGCGAAAGGAUAAUCCUGGUGGAAAGUUCUGCAGGAAAAAACGCAAACACGCAAGUUGAAAAAUCGAGCGAGAGAAACGAUCGAUCGGGAAAUGUCGCCGACGAAAACGAAGAACGAGAAAGUGAGUACACUGAACACUACGACACGGCGAUCCAGAGGCAUUUAGACAGUCUGACGAAAGUCGAAGUUUGCUCUGGAGAGAAUGAGAUGACUGAAACGUGCAAUACAAUGAACGAACAAUUCACAGAAUUGAAAAAUGGCUCGAUCGAAGAACAAGAAAGUGAACGCUCACAAACCAAAGUCCAAUUAUCUUAUGUAACGACUGAUGAAAAUCACAUCGGUAUGACGACUGAAAACGACCGAUUAAGCGCCCCACCACGUCCAGGCACAAUAGCGGAACGCGAGCACAAAAAAUGGGAAAAUGCGCCACCGAUCGAAAAUAAUCCUUAUAGCGAAGAGAGCAUACGAAAACGAUGCUUGGAAAGACAAUAUUCAAAAAAUUCGGAUAUUCCAGGAGUUCACUAUGACUUAACGAAGUUAAACGAAGUGAAUUUGGAAGCGCUUUUGGCACCUGACCGACCGGAUAUUAAACGAUUCGGCAGGGACUACUAUAUCAAUCAGUCGAAAGCGGCCAGCGGAGAGCAACAGGAGCAGGCUAUUAAGUCGACGAUGUCCUCGGUGUCGAGCAGACCGAGCAGCUCGCUGUCUCAGCGAUCGAGCUGUACCGGCGACGAGCAACGCGAACAACAGGUGAGUCACCACAAGCUCGAGCAAUUCGAGGCCGCCUCGCUGCGCGAUAGUCUCCCUAGACAACGCUGCCGUGAUCCCCUUGCCAGUGCGCAUUUCGCGAUCAACCCCCUCUUGCAUCUGAAGCUCACAAACGAUCGAUUACGCCACGAUGACGACAAUGAACGAAUCAAGAAUGUCACAGAGAACGAUCGCGUAGACAGGGAAAAUAUGACCGAAGACACGAGAGGUGACCGAGGAUUUACAAAUUUUGGAGAUACGGAUCUAGAAGCAAUAAUUGACAAGGAUGACAACUACGUUGUAGAAGAGAACUUGGAGAUCGAUACGAAUUUUGAGAAAUUAAUAUCGACGGAUCAAUUUUGGAGCGAUGGAAAUGCCGAUCACGAGGUUGAAGAACCUAUAGUACCGCGAUACGAUGCUAAUCGUGGAGGUUUACCGGACACUCGCGAUCUGGGCGAUCACGAUUCUGGGAUCGGUUCGCGCGAUUCGGUCAUCAGUGAUCGGAAUCGCUGGCGACGAUUGUAUCGAAUGGCAGAUAACAGCAAGGGUGAACAGAUCUCGUCGAUUGGUGGCAGGAGAUUCUGGACCACCGGCGGAUAUAAGUAUCACACGUUCGGCGGUAUCAAAAUUCGACUGAGGAAAAGAGAGGACCUCGACGAUCUUGAAGACGAAUCGACUUCGCUGCCGGAGGAACAGUUCGCGGAUUGUCCACCGGAGUUCGCGAAAUUAAAGUUUCAGACUUUUGGCGGGAUCAAAAGGAGUCGAAAGAUCGAUGGAAGCAAAAUUCCGAAUUACAGAAGGAUCCGAUUGAGGCCGAUUCUGUUGGAAGCUGCAUCUGCCGUUCCUGACGCUGACAAAAAUCGCGAUCGAAUUGUAACGGGAAAGUCGACGAACUUUGAAUUGUAUUCUAACAUUGAUCAUUUAGGAAAUUUCGAUCAUUUAGCAAACUUAAAUCGUUCCACAAGUUGCUCCACGAGUUUCGAGGGACUAGCUAGCUUCGAGGAUUCUACGAAUUCGACUUUGGAGGAGAGCGAUUGGCAGGACGAACAGGACGAGAUCGCGAACGAUCGAGUUUCAGCUGUACGCGAUGUUGGCAGAAAUCGAACGAGCUUCAAAACAAGUUAUGCGCCGAAAUACAGGAAUCCAAUUCGUAAAAGAAACGUAAAUUCGUCCUCUCUCUUGUCCUUAGAAAACGAGGACGACGAAUGGCAGGACGAGAUCGAUUCUAUUUCUAAUGAGAGUAUAAUGAACAAAUUCCUAAAUGAUAUCUCGAAGAGGCGAAAAAUUGACGCGUUCAGUGACGACAAUGUUGCAAGACGAGGAAGAGAAACACGAUCUCGGAGGCAUCGGGAAAUCUUGGAGGACGACAAUAGCAGAAAGUUGGACAAAUUGAUAAACAGAAACACUAGGAAGAGCCUGGAUAACUCGAAGAAACUUCGGCGAAUGCAAGAACAGAAGGGCGAUGAUAGGAGAAGAAAGUUGGAUGUGACAAGUUUGAGUGACGUCACGAUAUGGUAAUGAUUACGAAUGGAAUAAGUAUCAAUUUAUAAAAAUGUGCAGGAUAUAUCACGUUAAUAAUUAUAGCGUGAUGAAGAAAUAUCGUGUCAUAAGAGUAAUCCUAAAUAUUUUUGCCAUGUCAUAUAUUAAAACGUCAAAACACUUUUUACUAUAGUAAUUUAUAAAGAAAUAUACUUCAAGAUGAGUUCGUAUACAGGAUAAAAUAAAGAAUUAAUAAAGAAUAUUGCGAGAUUUUCGACGACGCAAAUAUUGAAUAUUCAGAAUGCGAGCUUCCGUGUGAAUUCCCGGAUGCAAUCAAGAUAACGAUUGUAAAGAUUAAUUGUUACAAUAUUAUAUAAUUGAUUUCUUUUUCUUGAUGAAAAAUAACAUAUCUGAGAAAAUGCAUUUAUAUUAGUGCCGUAAUUUUGUGGCCAUAUUGAUAAAAGUGCCAUGGCGCGAUGCGCUAUAAUUAUAAAUGAGUGCAAUAAUUAUACAAAAUUAAUAAGUUAUUUAUAUGGUGAUGAGUUGCAAGUGGUAAAUAAAUACGGGUGUAAAAUAAGA